GACAGGGGGAGAGUUGGAGUGAGAGAGACAGAGAGAGACAGACAGGGGGAGGGGAGUAAAGGUUUGGGAGAGACAGAGAGAGGGGAGACACACAGGGAGGGGAGAGACAGAGAGAGAGAGACGGGGGAGGGGAGAGACAGAGGAAGAGGAGUGAGAGCGACUGGAAGGAGUUUGUAUACGAAGCAAAGAAGAAAGAAACAGAAGUCAUGGUGGGACUGAGGCUACCUGUGCCCGUGCCGCUCAUUCUGUGCCUUGUUGGCCUUGUCAUGGGAACUUACCUUGAGCCAGACCAGACCUUAAGUAUCCCAGAGGGCUGGAUCCAUGUUGGUCAUGUGACCCCAACUGAUGAUGUCAUCCUGACCUUUGCACUCAAGCAGCAGCACAUCAGAGAACUGGAGCAGUUGGUGGGCCGAGUGUCGGACCCUGACUCCUCCCAGUAUGGUCAGUUCCUGUCGCUGGAAGAGCUCAGUGCCCUUGUUCAGCCAUCAAGUGAAACUCUGGGCACAGUGAGGAUGUGGUUGGAGAAAUAUGGAAUCCAGGAGUGUGAGACCAUCCAGACAAGGGACUUCCUGAUGUGCCGCACCCAGGCCCGAAUUGCACAACAAUUGCUCCCGGGGUGCCAGUUCCAUCGCUAUAUGAAGGAUGGACAGACUGUAGUGAGGUCCACGUCUCCGUAUAAGAUUCCUGAUGAGCUUUCGCUGCAUAUAGACUUUGUGGGGGGGCUACAUCGUUUUCCAACACAAAGACAAGUGUUGAGCCACAAGAGGGACACGCAGGGACAAGCACGAGCUGAAUUUCAUCUUGGGGUUACCCCGUCCAUUCUACGUCAGAGGUACAACCUGUCGGCCAGUGAUAUUGGCUCCCAACCGAACAACAGCCAGGCAUGUGCCCAGUUCCUCGAGCAGUAUUUCCUUCCUGCCGACCUCUCUGAGUUUAUGCAGCUUUUUGGAAGGGGAUUUCAGCACCAUUCAGAGGUGGAUCAAGUGGUUGGACAGCAGGGAGGUGGACGAGCUGGUCUGGAGGCAAGCCUGGAUGUGGAGUAUAUUAUGAGCACCGGGGCCAAUAUUUCCACAUGGGUGUUCAGUAAUCCUGGUCGUCAUGAGUCCCAGGAGCCAUUUUUGCAGUGGAUGAUUCUCCUGAGUAACAUGUCGUCUGUGCCCUGGGUCCACACUAUCAGUUAUGGGGAUGAUGAGGACAGUCUGUCCGUCGCCUUCAUGCAAAGAAUCAACGUGGAGUUCAUGAAAGCAGCCAGCAGGGGUCUCACCAUACUUUUUGCUUCGGGAGAUGACGGUGCCGGAUGCAGACAUGUUGCUGAAGGAAAGAACACCUUCAGGCCAAGUUUCCCAGCUUCCAGCCCAUACGUCACUACUGUGGGGGGAACCUCAUUUAAGAACCCUUUCCAGGUAACACGUGAGGUCACAGACUAUAUCAGUGGUGGGGGAUUCAGCAAUGUCUUCUCCAUGCCAGAUUAUCAGGCUUCUGCUGUGUCCCAAUACCUAAAGAACGCCCCAAAACUACCACCCUCGACAUACUAUAAUGGCAGUGGUCGUGCCUAUCCUGAUGUGGCAGCUCUGUCUGACAACUACUGGGUGGUGACAAACCGUGUGCCCAUUCCAUGGGUAUCAGGAACGUCAGCCUCCACGCCAGUCUUUGGUGGGAUACUGUCUCUGAUCAAUGACCGGCGCCUACAGAAAGGCCUCUCACCUUUGGGAUUUCUCAAUCCAGCGCUUUACCGACUGCAAGUGAAUGGGAGCCAAGCCUUGUAUGAUGUGACGGAGGGCUGUCACUUGUCCUGUAUCGAUGACCUUGUGUUGGGACAGGGAUUCUGUGCCUCCCCCAGUUGGGACCCUGUGACUGGUUGGGGGACCCCGAAUUUCCCGGAACUGCUCCGAGCCCUUCUCUUUUGAUAUCCAGGAAUUGCUCUGUGUGUGUGAGGGGGGGGGGGGUGCUUUUAUUUCAGAUUCACUUCUUUCUUUCAUUGAGUUUUAAGCUCUUUUCAUUGGCCGUUGUGCUGCACAGACUUGUGGGAUUGGCCUAGAGGGGCCCCAGUCUGAAGCUGUCAGACAAUUCUAUUGGUUCCCCACAGGAGCAGCUGAUGGGAAUGUCCAUCUCACCUGACACAUAGAGGCGGGGCUAGAUAUGAUUGACAGCUCACAUUUCUAAUUACAGGGGUUUCAUAAAAACAAGAAUUGGGGGUUUCAUUUUCUAAGGGAUUUUAUGAUAGAGCUUUUAUAUGUGGGUGACCGGUCCCCUUUAACUUCUCAGAAGCUUUUCCUCUUUCUCCAUCUGAUGAAUUUCUUCUGUUCCUAAUGACCCCCCAAUUCCACCUGAACAAUUCGGGUAAUUCCCAACCUGGACCCCAGGGGAACAUUCAGACUCAGAUCAGCUGCACAUUUCACUCCGGUCUGAUCAGAACAUCAGUGACACAUUACGUCCCCCACUAGAUUCCAAUGUCACAGCUUAAUCACAUGACUAUCUGAUAAUUACACUUAACGGAGAAGGAAAGCUACGGAGGCAGUUUAUUGCCAACAGAUUAGCUGCAAUAGUACAGGCUAUAAGACUAUAUUUAUUCUGUAGAAUGCUUUACCAUACCUGAGUAAUAAGCUCUAGAAGUUAUAUCUGUUUAGGAUAGCAGCUGCCGUAUUAGCUUGGUGUGACAUCACUUCCUGUCUGAGUCUCUCCCUGCUCACUCAUAGCUCUGGGCUCAGAUUACAGCAGGGAGGGGAGGAGGGAGAGAGGAGCAAACUGAGCAUGCUCAAGCCCUAGCCCUGGAGGUUUAAGCUGAAAACAGUUAGUCUGAUACAGAAGCCCAUGAGUACACAAUAGAAGGAAAGAAAUGUGAUGUUUGACAGAGGACUCAGAGCAGCAUUACUUUGAGGGGUUACUGGUGUAUUUAUAUAGACCUUUCUGAUAGUUACUUACUUUUAGCCUUUCCUUCUCCUUUAAUUGGACUUUGAUACAUCUCUACCUGAUCUCCUUUCUAAUAUAUAUUAUAUGUAUCAUAUGUCUACAUUAUAUGUGUCUAUAUAUAAUGUAUCUGAUCUGUACAAAUGUUCCCUGGUACUUUCCUAAUGCCUUUUAUGAAAUGUUGAUCAACGGCAGCGAUGAGCUUAACCCUUUAUCCGCUAGUGCGAUGAGCUUAACCCUUUAUCCGCUACUGCAAGAGACUUGACCUGACUUUGAGGCCUAGUAAGUUUUCUGACCUUCACACCUCAGACGUGUGUUGCUCAGAUUAUUGGAUGAUUUUCUUGUAAAUGUUGUGAGCAGAAUGUGAAUCUCAGGGAGUGCAGCGUAGGAGGAGCCUAGAGUAGGAGGAGCCUGAGGGAGGAGCUGGGCCGUCCAAUGCGCACACACAUUUGGCACUAGGCAUGACAGUCAGUGAAGGAGUUGGGCCGGUGGUAGUCACAUGGCUGUUCAGUAUAAGUUAACGCAGGUGCAUAAGUCACUCCAUGCCUAUUGCCAUAGCAACAUGAGCUCAGAUGUUUAAUAAAAAUAAUUCUAAAAUAAA